AUGUCCAAAGGAAACUCCCCCGCCCCUCUAGAGUCGUCGCCCUCGCCCGACCGUCAUGUUUCCGUGCCGUCGGUCUACCGCGCCAAUGCCGACGUGCUCAAUCGCGCUCUACAGACAAUCGGGAUGGGUCGCUAUCAGUGGCAGCUCUUCGCUGUGAUCGGGUUCGGCUGGGCCAGCGACAAUCUGUGGCCCAUCGUCACCUCGUUGAUUCUGGUGCCCGUGUCGUACGAGUUCAACGUCUCGCAACCCCCUCUGCUGACGCUGGCGCAGAAUAUCGGGUUGCUGGCCGGAGCGCUAAUCUGGGGGUUCAGCUGCGAUAUUAUCGGUCGGCGAUGGGCUUUCAAUCUGACCAUCGCCAUUACGGCCGUCUUUGGCAUGGCUGCAGCUGGAUCGCCUACAUUUGCUGCGGUCGGCGUUUUUGCAGCACUGUGGUCGGUGGGCGUUGGCGGCAAUCUGCCCGUGGACUCGGCCAUUUUCCUCGAGUUUCUCCCCGGAUCGCAUCAGUAUCUGCUCACCAUCCUGUCGGUGUACUGGGCCUUGGCGCAGCUGCUGGCCAAUCUGAUCGCCUGGCCCCUGCUGGGCAACAUGACCUGCCCGUCGACGGACAAUUGCUCGAGAGACAACAACAUGGGCUGGCGCUAUUUUCUGAUCACCAUGGGGGGUCUGGCGGUCGUCAUGUGCGUCGUGCGCUGCAUCUUCUUCACGCUGUAUGAGUCGCCCAAAUUCCUCAUGGGCAAAGGUCGCAACCACGACGCCGUGAUGGUCGUCCACGAGGUCGCCCGUCGCAACGGCAAAUCGUCGAAUCUCUCCGCCGAGGAACUAGAUCCGCUGUCGUCCACCCCCAUCGAAGCGCAGGAGACUACAGUUCGCAGUUCUCGUAACGGGCUGACCACCUCCGACCAUAUGCGUAUGCUCCUUGAACCGGUGUCCCUUCCCCACGUGAAGGCCCUGUUUAACAGCCCGCGUCGCGCCUGGUCCACCUCGCUGAUGAUCCUGAUCUGGACGUUGGUCGGCCUCGGGUUUCCUUUGUACAACGCGUUCCUGCCCUUCCUGCAACAAUCGCGCGGAGUGGAGUUUGGCGACGGCUCCACCUACAUCACCUACCGCAACACGCUAAUCGUGGCGGCCGUUAGCGUGCCCGGCAGUCUGGUCGGCGGCGCGCUGGUCGAACUACCGCGGCUCGGACGCAAAGGCACGCUCUCGCUGGCCGUCAUCGCCACGGGCGUGUUCCUGCUGGCCUCGACGACCGCCGACUCGUCUGCGGCCUUGCUGGGCUGGAACUGCGCGUUCGGGUUCUCCAGCAGUCUGAUGUACGCCGUGCUGUACGCCUAUACGCCGGAGAUGUUCGAGACCAAGGAUCGGGGCACGGGCAACGCGCUGGUGGGUGCGGCGAAUCGCGUGGGGGGUAUUCUGGCUCCGAUCAUUGCCAUUGCAGCGGGCGUGCAGAGCUCUGCGCCGGUGUAUGUAAGCGGUGCGCUGUUUCUGGGGGCCGGACUGCUGGUGCUGUUGAUACCGUACGAGACGAGGGGACGGGCGAGUAUCUAG